GUAGCGGGGUCCGGAAGCGGGGUCCUGGCAUCCCGGCAUAGCGGCGACUGAUCUGGGCAUCAGUGUGUCCAGCUGCGGGGGGCAGGCCAGACCUGGAGGUGCAGCCGCGGGCGCAGCACUGCGGAGCCAGACCUCGGGACGGUGGGACAGCCGCUGGGACACCCUCCACCUCCUCAGGGCCAUCUCGCGUACCAUCGCUUCUCUGCUCACCAAUAUGUUGGACAGCUCUGGCCUCGCUGACAUAUGAUUCAAGACGUACGGGGGGAAACGAGUGUGACCUUACCAGCAAGAAUAAUGGUAUAAAAAUGGAAAAAAAAACCCCUCAACAUAUGCUUUGAAUGUGGCAAGAAAAGAAUAAGGGCUGCUGUCAAGAUUGCUUGAGGUCAGGACUUUACAUGGGAAAGAAGUUAGAUGUACACUUCAUUCUAAUAAGCUUCUCUUCUUGGGAACUGGAAAUUUCCAAAAAAAAGGAGUCCAUUGAAGAAAAAUGUGCUUCUUAAAUCAAUCCCAGCUUCUCCUCUAUACAAAGAACUCUUCAAGAUGCUAACAGGGGAAGAAAGCAAAUUAAACUGAAAGCUCACCUGCAGCUCAGGAAAACAAAGACAUGGAGUUUUGAGGAGUGAAGGUAGCGUGGUGUCAGCCAUGGAUGAUCAAGACACAGCCAGAUAAUGGGGAUCAGUUUCUUAAAACUACGGCCUUUGUGCUGUCUGCUUGCAAUGGUGAUGGUGGUGGUGCUGGUCAUCAACGUUACUCAGGUAGAGUACUUGGACCAUGAGACUGUCUCGGCCACAUUUAUCGACAGUAGCGGACAGUUUGUUUCAUCCCAGGUAAUAGGUACUGGCCGGAAUCCCUACUGUGGCUAUGAGCACCAGACUCUGUCCAGCCAGGAGCGCAUGGAGGAGGACUCCUUGCUGGCUGCCUUACAGUGGCAAGUGCCUGAUGUGGGCCCUGUUCCCUUUUUGAAGAGCAGUGACCCGUCUUCCAGCUACUUUGUCAUCUUGAACUCUGCAGCCUUCUUCAAGGUGGGAAGCCAGCUAGAAGUGCUGGUUCACAUACAGGAUUUUCAAAGAAAGCCCAAGAAGUAUGGUGGAGACUACCUGCAGGCCAGAAUUCACUCCCCUGAGCUGCAGGCAGGGGCUGUGGGCAGAGUGGUAGACUACCGGAAUGGGUUUUACAAGGUCUUUUUCACUUUGCUAUGGCCAGGCAAAGUUAAAGUGUCCAUAUCUCUGGUCCACCCCAGUGAAGGGAUCAGAGUUCUUCAUCACUUACAGGAAGAAAAACCAGACAGGGUCUAUUUCAAGAGUCUCUUUCGUUCAGGAAGAAUUUCUGAAACUACUGAGUGCAACUUGUGUCUUCCUAGGAGUCUUCCCCUCUGUAACUUUACAGAUCUCUAUACUGGAGAACCCUGGUUCUGCUUCAAACCAAAGAAGCUCCCUUGCAGCAGCAGAAUUAACCAUUUCAAAGGUGGAUACCUGAAGGGCCUCCUAACUACUGCAGAGGCUGCUUUCUUCCAGAGUGGUGUCAAUAUCAAAAUGCCAGUCAACUCCAGUGGACCUGAUUGGGUGACUGUAAUUCCCAGGAGAAUGAAAGAAACUAGCAACCUAGAACUAUCUCAAGGCUCAGGAACUUUUCCUUCCGGGUAUUAUUACAAAGAUCAGUGGAGGCCUACGAACUUUAAGAUACGCCAGUUUAAUGACCCCGACAACAUUACAGAAUGCUUACAAAAAAAAGUGGUGUAUUUAUUUGGAGACUCAACAAUCAGGCAAUGGUUUGAAUACCUAACUGCAUUUGUUCCAGAUUUAGUGGAGUUUAACUUGGGCAGUCCCAAGAAUGUGGGUCCCUUCCUUGCGGUGGACCAGAAGCACAACAUCCUGCUCAAGUACCGCUGCCAUGGUCCACCCAUCCGCUUCACAACCGUCUUUAGUAAUGAGCUUCAUUAUGUGGCGAAUGAGCUGAAUGGUAUUGUGGGAGGGAAGAACACCGUGGUUGCCAUUGCUAUAUGGUCUCAUUUCAGCACCUUCCCCUUGGAAGUGUAUAUCCGGAGGCUCAGGAACAUCCGUCGAGCAGUGGUCCAGCUCUUGGAUCGAAGCCCUAAGACUGUAGUAGUUAUCCGGACGGCCAAUGCCCAAGAGCUGGGGCCUGAGGUGAGCCUUUUCAACAGUGACUGGUACAACUUUCAGCUGGACACUGUCCUUCGGAAGAUGUUCUCAGGGGUUGGAGUAUAUCUCGUUGAUGCCUGGGAGAUGACUCAGGCCCAUUAUCUACCCCACAAGCUACAUCCUGAUGAAGUUAUUGUGAAGAACCAGCUAGACAUGUUCUUGUCCUUUGUGUGCCCCUUGGAGACCUAGCCUGCCCCAGAGGAGGCUGGAGGAAUCACUUUCAGUGACCUUUUCCAUCACUUGCAUUACAGAAGGUUUAUGGGUGGCCCCGUGGAGCGAUAACUAUCAUGGAUAUGUACAAAGUUUCAGAAAGUUUUAUACAAUGCCUUGUAAGGAGCUUAGAAAAUGCAGGUUACAUUAUGUCUACUUGUAGGAUAUUUUCUAGUCUCAACUUAGCCAUUACUAACAUUCACACACUGUAUUGUCCUUGUAACCAAAGAUGCAAAUAAGUGUGUUUGAACUGACUUCUCCUGGGAGGGGAGAUUACUGUGCUAAAGAGUGUGAAAAAUGCUGAGAGCUAAAUGGAAGGGACAAAUUUGCCUGGCAAUGGAGUGUUUGUAGCUUAUCUGACAAAGGAAAUUGAGCACAUCUGCAUGAACAGCACAGUUGGUCACUCUUCAGCCAGGUGAAUUAAUGAGGCUUAUGAUUGUGAUUCCUAUAACACAUUGAGGACUGCCAUGUUGCUGAGUUUCCCUUGAUCUUCCGCUUUUUCUGAAUUACUUGAAAAGACCAGUGUCCUUGCUCAGAAUUUCUAGUGAGAAUAUUUACAAUGUCCUGCUUUUACCUAGAAAAGAAGCAAAACGGAGAUAUGAAAACUGUGUGUAUGAAAUCUUGGUGUUCAACUGACAUUUGCAUUGGAUUGUUUUCCUUACUUAGGUCAACUAAAUUUUACAUUAUGAAUACUUACUCUAAAAUAACCACUUAAGGAACUGGAAGAGUGAAAUCUAUACAUGGAAAUUUAUUUUUGUGUUUUGAAGUUUG